AAAAGCAAUAGUUGUACGUGUUUAGCCUGCUGUACCGCGAAUACUGCUGCCGCUGCUCCUGCUUCCGGUUCGUUUUGCUGCGAGGUAGGUUCUAACACUGUUCGCCAACCGCCGCAAGCUGGCCGGCAAAUAAGACCAGCAAAGCCAGCUAUUGGAGUCGACUUGCCCACUAGCAAAACAGUAGCUUCUAAUGCCGACGACACCCCAGUUUCAGAAUCAUGCACAGGCGAGAAUUUCCGACCGAGCUACUUACAUCCUUCAGGUACACAUAUUCAUGCACAUUCGCAUCAAUCACAGCCUCAACAGCACCAACUUAAUCUCCAUCGCUCCCCAUCCAACCAUGGUUCCGUCUCCCAUACUCAGCUGCAAUUGCAGUCGCAUAGCCAAAGUCAGAUUCACAGUCAUCACUCCCAAAUUCAGCAUCAACACCAUCAUUCCCACCCAGUGGUUGGACAACAACAACAGAAGGGUUAUGACUUUCACCUCUCGAAUCCUCUCAUGCCCCUACAGACCGACUCUCCCGGCUCCCAACAUCAUGCCUACCAUAACACUUACCCCGAAACACCUGUAGUUGUGUCACGUCAGGCUCCUCCGCAUCCACCGCCGCCUCCACCACAUAGGAUAACGACCAAUAUACACGCUGCUGGAAUCCGAGAUCAUCUAUUAGGUACCAGCAAAACUACGCAGGUUACCGAGCAGAUGCACAUUUACGAUGUCGGCUCUAAUGGGGUGUGUUCCAGCAAGCCUUUAUCUUCGAAUACAUCUAUAGGCCUCUCUUUAUCACACUGUCAAUCAUUGCCACGGCAUAAUGGACCUUAUCCCGGAUUAGAGACGGAUUCAUCCUCAUGCCCCUGCUGCUCUGGUUUUGAAGCUUGCUCAGCUGGCAUAGAUGAAGUUGUCACCCCUUCUAGUGGCCCUGCUCCAAUCACCGUUAGCACUAGCAGCAUUAAUGCUCUUUCUGUUAGUCAAGACUCUGGUACCUGUUGCUCCUGCUGCUGUUGCUGUUCUGCUGAAGCGUGUUGUCUACCUCUUACUGGGCCAAAGGCCGAUCCGUCUGCAACUCUAGUUUGCAGCGCGGGCUGCGGCUCCGGCUCCGGGCUUUCACUUCCUGGGCCUUCUAUUGCCGGCUUUCCUGAUGUCACCAGUGCCCCCGGGACUAUGCCUUCAACCCAAUUGUCUGGAUACGGCAGCCUGGCCAACGCUCUUAUUGGAAUGAAUAACUCGAUAUUUACGACCACAGCAUGUGCCAGCACAAGGCACAGUACAGCCGGAGCCACUACUACAGCUGAUAGUGGUCUUUCUACAACUGUUGCGGGACACCAGAGUCUCCUAGUUCGACCUGGAAGUAUCUUGGCAGAUAGAUACCAAAUUAUCGCCUUAAUUGGUCGAGGUACCUUUGGACAGAUGGGCGUAUUGGUCCUCAAUUGA